AUGAUUCCAGCAGGGCCCGAAGAGUCACAGCAGAAGGGCAACGCGCUCGCAUCCUCGGGCGAUGCCAAGGCAGAUGCCGCCCAGAUGCAAGCUGUCAGAGCAGCGCUAGCGGAUCCCAAGUUCAGCGAGCCCGGCUUCGACUCGUCCAAAGUGUUUGCACUCAUGUCUGUCCUGCUCAACCCGCCACAGACGACCAAGGAAGCGCGUAUAAGCAGCAAGAAGCGACUCGUUCGUCAGAUUGGCACUUGCUAUCAGUUUGUCAUCACAGACAAGCAAGGCAAGGAGGUCAGAUGGUUCGCCGAUAUGAAGGCAAGCUUCUGCCGACUCCUUGACCACUAUUGCUUGCAGAAGAAAGGUCACGUGGGGAAGGGCAAGCCGCCUGUCAAGGCCGACGUGACCAUCUUCACUUCAGAUCAGGACCUCGUAGAUCUAGCUACCGGGAAGGCCAAUCCACAGAAGCUUUUCAAUGCCGGUCGCAUCAAGAUAAAGGGCAACAUCGAUUCUGCACUCAAGGUCGAGCGUAUCCUCAGCCAGGAGCGUUCAAAGGUCUACAACGUCGAAUCAUCCGAGUCCACUUCCGCCGUCAAGGCCGCCCAAGAUUCACAGACGCCGUCCACAACGAGCGUGCACGAGCAAAGACGUAGGGGUCUAUUUAGAAAAGUCAUGGGUCGCGCUGCAAAGCUAUAG